AUUUAAUGGGUUGAACGCCAGCCGCUUAGUGCUCAGCUUUAGGCUGCCAUCUACUGCGGCGUUAGGUGUACACCACCAGAUCUAGUCCAGACUCCAGAAGAAGAAUCACAAAAUAUCGGAGAAGAAUAUCCGAAACCAGGCCGGAAUCACUUUACGAGGAGAGAAAGAAUUUCUUCUUUUUCUAUCCUCAUUUCAUUUUUUUAUUUUAAUUUAUUUUGUAAUAUUUUUUUUUUUAAUUAUAAUAAUUUAAUAUAUGAUGUCUCUCUCUGCUUGUCAGUCUUUCACCUGCAACUGCAAGGAUUGAUCCGUUGAUUACCGUCGUGUGUGAUGGGCCGGUGGUCAUAGCCGUGGAUUCUCAGUUUUCCUUAUCUGCAUUCACCGCCGGCGAUCUUCCUUUGGGCGGUGGUAUAACAUGCGGCCUGGUUGCUCAAAAAUUAUCUGAAAGUUGAAUUUGUUUGCGACCUCGCUGCGUGCACUGUGAUCACCCCAGAUUCUGAAUAGAAAGAAGUAGAAUUUCCUCCUCGACCUCACAAGUCCACAUUCUCCUUCUUUAUUUCUUUUACUCCUCUCUGGUUUUCCGGCCAAUCUCUCUUGCUUUUCUUGUUUCAUCUACCGAUGGAAUUAGGUCAGAUUUCACUCGAUUCAUGAAUUGUUGUCUCCCCUAGUAGGUGAAUACUUCGUUGGUUAGUUUUGCUCCAUUGACCCGAAUAGACUAUCCAUCGAUCGAUCUUCUGCCGAAUUUUGGUAAACAGCAGGGGGAGAGGGAAGAGAGAGAGACUUUAGCUCCUCUCCGCAUGUUUUUGUAUUCUGAUCCAAUUGCCUCCGAAAAUCUGGCUAUUUGAGCCCCGGCUGUGGAUCUUCCUCUUUUUGCUUUUGCUGCUAGAGUUUCUUCAAAAUUCAGGAAGGUCCGGGUGAUGAAGUGAUCAUCGGUUCUAUUGUGGAAUUUAAUUAUUUUUUCCGACCUAAAGUGGCCUAGAUCUUUGGUUACGUCAAUAUUGGUUCCAGUAGUGCAGCUCAUGAUUUUCUAGCUUAGAAGCGAUUCGGUGGCCUUCUAUUCUUUUUCCGGAUAACGAAAUUCUUGUUCGGUUCAAAUCUCGAACUUCAACGACAUUGUUGAAGACAGAAAUUGACGGAUUCGCCAUUUUUAUGAGUGGGACGUUUUGAAGAAUGCCCGGGGCAGGAGCGGGACAGGCCAUCGCACAUGCUGGUCUUCCAAAAAUGGAGGCAAAGCAAGCAGCUGAGAACGAACGCCGUCCAGGUAGUUGCAAUCCUGUUAAGAAAUCUGGGCCUGUAACCAUGGAUCAUGUACUUCUGGCAUCACAAGAAACUAAGGAAGAGAGGGAGCUGAGGAUCCGCAGCUUAUUUAAUUUUUUCGAUGUCGCAAAUGUUGGAUAUUUGGACUACACGCAGAUUGAUGCAGGCCUAUCAGCACUCCAGAUACCAGCUGAAUACAAGUAUGCAAAGGAGCUCUUAAAGGUCUGUGAUGCAAAUAGAGAUGGUAGGGUCGAUUACCAGGAGUUCCGGCGAUACAUGGAUGACAAGGAGCUUGAACUUUAUCGUAUCUUUCAAGCUAUUGACGUUGAACACAAUGGCUGCAUUUUACCAGAAGAGCUUUGGGAUGCACUCGUGAGGGCAGGGAUUGAAAUUGAUGAGGAGGAACUUGUGCGCUUUGUAGAACAUGUGGAUAAGGACAACAAUGGAAUUAUUACUUUUGAAGAAUGGAGAGAUUUUCUUCUACUCUAUCCUCACGAGGCCACUAUUGAGAACAUUUAUCAGUACUGGGAAAGGGUAUGUCUUGUAGAUAUCGGAGAACAAGCUGUUAUUCCAGAGGGCAUCAGUAAGCAUGUCCAUGCAAGCAAAUAUUUGAUUGCUGGGGGAGUUGCAGGAGCCACAUCUCGUACUGCAACUGCUCCUCUUGAUCGACUGAAGGUGGUUUUUCAAGUUCAAACAACCGAUGCCCGUAUUAUACCAGCUAUAAAGGAAAUAUGGAGAGAAGGUGGUUUCUUAGGAUUUUUUCGAGGGAAUGGACUAAAUGUCAUGAAGGUUGCACCUGAAAGUGCCAUAAGAUUUUAUACUUAUGAAAUGCUGAAGAAUAUAAUUGCCGAUGCUAAAGGAGAAGAUAAAGGUGAUAUAGGUACUUCUGGGCGUCUUGUUGCUGGGGGUGUGGCAGGUGCAAUAGCACAGACUGCUAUAUACCCAAUGGAUCUUGUGAAAACCCGAUUACAAACUUAUGUUGGUGAAGGUGGAAAAGUUCCAAAACUCGGGUCUCUAACAAGGGACAUAUGGGUUCAGGAGGGUCCUAGAGCCUUCUAUAGGGGCGUUGUUCCAUCUCUUCUUGGGAUUAUUCCUUAUGCAGGAAUUGAUCUUGCUGCGUAUGAGACCUUAAAGGAUAUGUCAAAAACUUACAUUCUUCAUGAUAGUGAACCUGGUCCUCUCGUGCAACUGGGGUGUGGCACAGUCUCUGGAGCCCUUGGAGCAACGUGUGUUUACCCAUUACAGGUUAUCAGAACCAGGUUGCAAGCUCAACGUUCUAAUACAGAGGCUGCUUAUAAGGGAAUGUCAGAUGUAUUUUGGAGGACCCUCCGCCACGAAGGUGUUAGGGGAUUUUACAGAGGAAUUUUUCCAAAUCUGCUCAAAGUUGUGCCAUCUGCAAGCAUUACUUAUCUUGUUUAUGAGACCAUGAAAAAGAGUCUAGAUCUUUAAUAAAGAUUUCUGUAGCUUUACCAUGAUUGACAGAGCUGACUGUAAAGUUGACAAUUCUGGUGACAACCUUGAUGAGAUGAUGAUGAUGAUGAUGAUGAUGAUGAAAAGAAUAAGGUCACUAAUGGGAUGGGUUCAUGCUAUGAUUUCGGUUAUAUGAUGGUACCUGGUGCUUUUCCGGUCAGAAUAUGAGGUGCAUGGUUGUGUAGUAAGAAGCUUUUGCAGUCGCAUUUGAGCUAAUAAAAGUGAGAAAUAUCGACAGUUACAUUAAUCGACAGUUACAUUAAGUUAUGGCAACUGAUCAUCUUGUGAUAGGUAUAAUUCUUUUCUUUUCUGAUUUUCUCCUUUUGUACUUGCAUAGCACUAUAACGAGCAGAAUGCUGCAGUGGUUUAGUAUAAUUUUUUGGAUCUCAUUAUCUAGUUUAAGCAUGUUAAACAUUGCCAUCUUCUCAUGGAUAUUACUGGUAAUUGAAAUUAGUGGCUACUCAAAUUUA